AGCCUUCGGCAGCCGACGCUGUCCGCGAGCCUCACAUCGCAGCGAGGGCGGCCGGAGCGGAGCCCCGGGGCGCUCCCGCGGCCGGCGGCAGCCCCGGCUCGGCGCGCACACUGCGGCAGCGCCGCCGGCCGCCUCCCCCGCCCAGCCUCCUGCCGGCAAACUUUCCGCUCCGCCCGGGCGGGCCGGCGGCAGGGGCGGCGCCCGCAGCCCCGAGAGCCCGCUGCGGCCGCUGGUGCCUCGGCGGGCGGGAGUUUCGAGCCAAGUUUGCCCUCGUCGCUGGCCACCGCUGUCCGCAGCGAGGACGCGGGGACCGGAGCGCCCCCGGGCGCCAGAAGGGUCGGCCGGAGCCCUGGGCUGCGGGCUCGCUCCUCACCGGUGGGGCGCGAGGGCAGGGCAGGGCGCGGAGCGGAGCGAAACAGCCCCGCCGCGGCGCCCGGGUGCCGCCUCUCCGCCCGCCCGGGAGGAGGGACGGUCGCUGCGGUGCAGUGACGCUCCCCGCCCCCGUCCCACGGCGCAGCGCCUCGGCUCCCACCCCGGGUGGGCGCCGCAGCCCACGGCCGGGCCAGCCCCAGCCCUGCCGAGCCGGUCUCCGGGGCAAC